UUUUGAAAGCUGAAACCGGAAGUGACUUGCUUGUUGGUCCGUUGUCCGCCAAAGGAAGGAAGGGGUAUGUCUGUCUGCACAUUUCACCGUUGACUGGACUGUUUAUGUCACAGAGCUAGCUGAAGAGAUGUUUGUGUGAUUCGUGCUUUGAGUCACUCUCUCGUAUCUCAAGUAGAAGGAGCCACUUUGCUGGAGAAUCAGAUGAAUUGGUGCUGCAACUAAGCUCAUCUUGUCUCCCAGUCCGUCUGUGAAAUGGUGGUGAUGGCAGCGUUGAAGAUAAAUGUGUGAGGAGAAAAGCCCCUGUGGUCCUCUUGCUGCAACGCACACUUCCUCAUGGAUUCCAGCAAUGACGAGGCUCUUGAUAUCAUUAUCACCAAUGUGGUGGCAACCUUCAGGACCAGGUGCCACCUCAACCUGCGCACCAUUGCCUUAGAGGGUACCAAUGUCAUUUAUAAGCCGGAAGUAGGGAAAGUUCUGAUGAAGCUUCGUAAACCCAAAAUAACAGCCUCAAUCUGGUCUUCAGGGAAAAUCAUCUGCACUGGAGCAACAAGUGAGGAUGACGCUAAACUGGGUGCUCGUAGGUUGGCACGCCUUCUGCAGAAACUGGGCUUCAAGGUGAGGUUUUCAGCCUUCAGAGUUGUGAAUGUGCUGGCAGUGUGCUCCAUGCCGUUUGCAAUCCACCUCAUAGACUUCACUAAGAACAACAGACCCAUUGCCAGUUAUGAACCAGAGCUCCAUCCUGCUGCCACGUACAGAAUUAAACACAUCAAGGCAACCAUACAGGUGUUCUCUACUGGCAGCAUCACAGUUACAGGACCAAAUGUGCAGAAUGUGGCCACGGCUGUUGAGCAGGUCUACCCACUACUGUUCGAGUGUCGGAAGCCUCUCUGCAAAUAAAGGAAAAAAGUCAAGACAGAGGGAACGAAGGAAUAUGAAAACACCUGGGACUGGUUUGUCACAAGCGAGGAAGCACCUUACUCUUGGAUUUUAUUCGCUUGAUUUUAUCUGUGCAACAGCCACAGACUUCUAACACACUCAACAGACUGGAGGUCACCUGGAUUUUUAAAAACCUCUCAACCACCCUAGUUGGAGUCUUAAAAUUCCCCUUUCACAAAAUGUAAUUUCUGUUGUGGAUUGUGGAUUGUGUGGCUCUUGUGAUUUUAACAGCCUAAACUCGCAAAUCCGUCUUUCAAACAUCAUAUCCUUCAGUGGAAACUGCUCCUCCAAACCUGACUGACGCUGAAGGAGGCGAUGUUAUCUGCUGUCAUUCUGAAUCCACUUUGGGUGUUUUUGCAUGGACACAGAAAGACAGUUUUUUUUAACAAGUCUAACCAUUUUAAUGCCUAAACAGCUGUGACCAUUGCGAAAAGUCAGUGUGUCAACAUUAAGACGCCUCACUUUUUAACCCUAUAUACAGGAAGUCGUCCCAUUUGCCACUUUCUCUAAAAGAAUCUCCGUCCUUGGCUUGUUUUUAGACGUGUGAACGUAAAUACCAGACACACAGUGUGUUUGCCAAAAGAGAAAACAGCAGUCACAUACAGACUUCGACUGUUACACAUGUACACAAAGUGCAGAUACACAUCUAGCUAACAAUAUGCAUUAAUCUCUGAUUUUAAUUGUUGGUUUCCCACAUUUCCUUAGUUGGUUUGGUCGUCAGUUCACUAUAAAUUUGUUCCUGUUUCUUAACUGUGGCGUCAGAUCAGAAUGCACAAACGUUGUUUUAAUUUCUUGUCAUUUCCUAAUAAUGGUUUUAAACACAAGCUGUGUUUUUCUUUUUCUUGGCUGGACAAUGUACAGAACGAGAUCGGUAUCCUAAAUGUUUUGGAAUGUAAGGAAAACUUUUAAAGGGUUCAGGUAUAUUUUAUUUUUCAGGUGAUGCGUUGUUGAGCCAUCAAUCGCUUUCACUGAACACAGUUAGUGGUUAGUGUCGGACUAUAGUGGCGCUGAGACAAGAUAAGGCGUUCAGAAUUACUUUUUUAGUGGCCAGUGGAAUUAAUAAGAUUAAAAAUCGUCCAGAAUUGGGGUGGGAAAUUGCUGUAAAGGCACAGGAUGAAUUAAGAGAAACACUGGAUUUGUAAUUGAACUCAAUUACAGAGCAGCCUUUCAUUUAAGUCAUAUAAAGUGAUGACAUGUAUGGCAGUUGAGCUGGCACUGUCACUCAUUUAGUUUGGCAUUACAUUCAAGCUUAAAAACACAAGACCAUGCAGUGUUCAUAGAGACCAUGCUGACAGUGUUAGCCAGCACCUGAGCUGUCUGAAAAGCAAACCCUUCAUAGAUAUAAUUCUCCUCAACUACAAAAACAUUAGUCAAGUGUUUUUAAAUUGAAAAAUCUAAUGGCAGGCAACGUAGAUGUAUGUAUAUAAUAAAGGCAUCUGAUGGAAAAGAUGUUAAUAAAAACUUUGACAUGUUGUCUCAAGUAUGUGGGAUGAUGGACACAGUGUCAAUUGAACAUUUGCGACACUUGUUCAGAUUUUUGUAUUUUGUAUAAAAAUAAAGGUUCAUGAUAAAAGAG